UGCUGCUAUCAGUCUCUCCCCUUCUUUCGGUUUCAUCAUAUUUUGGAUCUCCCCUCGACUUUCUAACGACCCUCGUCUCCUCCUCCUCUCUCACCAACUUCACCCUUGAUCUCUUCGCUAUCCACCAUGCCUCCAUAUCCCUAGUACCCAUCUUUUCCAAACCAUUCAAAUUCUUUUCUAUCCAAUACAUUGAGCAAUUUUUCACAAUUUCGAUUUUUAUUGCAUACUUUGGAUUACGGGUUUUCUUUCUCUGUUCCUAGGAUAUCGAAUACCAUCUGGGUUUUGUUCGAAUCGAUUCAUUAUUCUUGCAAGCUUUGUUUUUUGGGUCUGUGGGUUUUGUCUCAAAAACAUGGCAGCGAAGCUGGGAAUGCUCCAUUAUGUGUUGGACCAUGUGUAUGGUGCAUUCAUGCACAGAACCAAGAUAAGCCCUCAGUUUUUUUCAAGAGGGUGGGGUGGCAAACAGCUUGAAUUGCUGGAGAGGAUGAUUAACCAGCUAUUUCCAGUGGCUGCAGCCCAGAAUUGGCCGCCCAUUUUGGUCCGGCCCACUUGGAAGACUGUUUGGGAGAGCAAGAACGCUUGUCUUCGAGAAGGGGUGUUCAGAACUCCUUGUGAUGAGCAGCUUCUUAGUGCAUUGCCUCCUGAGAGUCACAACGCGAGAGUUGCUUUUCUUGUUCCGAAAUCGGUUCCCCCUCAGAAAAUGGCUUGUGUGGUUCAUCUUGCAGGGACUGGGGAUCAUUCAUUUGAACGAAGGUUACGACUUGGGGCACCAUUAUUGAAGGAAAACAUUGCAACUAUGGUGCUUGAGAGCCCUUUCUAUGGACAAAGACGUCCUAUGAUGCAGCGUGGUGCAAAGCUAUUGUGUGUUAGUGACUUGCUUUUAUUAGGAAAGGCAACCAUUGAAGAAGCCCGCAGUCUUUUGCAUUGGUUAGACUCUGAGGAAGGGUUUGGGAAGAUGGGUGUUUGUGGACUUAGUAUGGGAGGAGUACAUGCUGCAAUGGUUGGAUCACUGCACCCUACACCUGUUGCAACUCUUCCUUUUCUAUCUCCACACUCUGCUACUGUGGCAUUCUGUGAGGGAAUAUUACAGCAUGCUACUGCAUGGGAGGCACUGAGAAAGGAUCUUGCAGUAAUGACUCUCGAGGAGGUCAGAGAACGAAUGCGCAGUGUUUUGUCUCUCACAGAUGUGACACGCUUUCCAAUUCCAAAAAAUCCCAAUGCUGUGAUAUUUGUCUCUGCUACUGAUGAUGGGUACAUCCCAAAACACUCUGUGCUAGAGCUUCAAAAAGCUUGGCCCGGUUCAGAAGUAAGAUGGGUCACUGGUGGACAUGUCUCAUCUUUCCUUCUCCACAAUGGCGAGUUCCGCAGGGCCAUUGUUGAUGGACUUGACAGAUUAGAAUGGAAGGAGUCUCCUUUGUGACAUUGGCAUCACAUGUGAAGAAGUCCCUGUACUUGGUCUGAAAUGGUAAAUCUACACUACUAAUUCUGACCAUACUUGUAAAAAUGGAUAUACUUGAUGUCUGGAACACCUCCAAAUGGAAAAGAGGGGGUAUUUUAUGAAUCAUCUAUUGAUGUUCUCUCAUAAGAUGUAUUUCUUGUUGUACUCUAAUCUGCAAGUUUACAAUGAUGCUGGUAUGUAGAGAUAUUAUCAUUGAAAAUUUAUAAUGUAUAUUUGAAAGCAAUUAACAUCCGAGUACUCAGAUUGGCCUCGUUUAUGAUUCUACUUUUCCUCUCUCGCUGGGUUUUCUCUCAAACCCAUUGAGAGUCGGUGGCUUCACUCCUUGCCCUUCCUGGGCAAUUUUCCCUGGGUUCUAUCCCAGAUCUGAGGCUUCGUGCCUCUAUUUUCGGCAAUUUUCUCUUUUGUUUCCCUCCUUUGUUUGCUCUGUUUUAUACUUCCUAGUCUUUGGUUUCCUUUUGUGUUUGUUUUCAGACCUGAUUGAUUUCACCCCAGUUCCUUCCAGUCCAAAUUUCAACUUCUUUCUCCUCUCAAAUCUUUGGCCACCUUUGAUUGAUGCUACCUCUAGAGCUUUUCCUUCUGCCAUGGAUUGUAUAUAUGCUCCUCGGAGUACUGUUUUAAACGGGGCUUACCCGUUAUGGCGCGUAAAUCCGGUGAAUACGGUCGUGCCUCAAGGGGGGACUGCACACUCUUUGUUUGUCUGUCCCUUUGAUCCCUGUGUGGAUCUCCUGUCUCUUUCUCUUGUUCUGGUUUCUUUGUCGGCAGAGGGCGAUCUCCUCCUUGGAGAUGAUUUGGGUUUUGUGCCUCUAUUUCUUGAUUUUGGCUGGAAUUUGGCUGGGUUUAUCUCGAUCGGCUCCGCCAUCGGUGUGAUGCUGUCCACAUGUGUUGUGGGUAUGAGUUGCUGGGUUGCGUUUCAGGUGGUGGUGUGUGUGGGCUCGCCUGGUUUGGGCCUUGGUUGUUUCCGUUUUCAGUGUGUGCUUCUUGCUCAUAUCUACGGGGCGGUGCAGAUCUUUGCGGCGGCGCUGCUCUUCGCGACGGUGUUGCGUUGGAUCUUCUACCGUUUUUCGGGUUGUAGUAUAGUUUCUGGGCUCGUUUGUUGGGCCUUUGUUUCUGUUUUUUCUUGGUUGGCCCAAUUUGGGUCUUUGUAUUUUGUUUCUGUUUAAUAUAAGCUACUCUUUUCUGCCAAAAAAAAAAAAAA